GUCGCUUCAGCGGUUUCCGCUUAAACAUGGAAACUGUGAGCGGUGUGUAUGGUACGUGGCAAAAUUCAUCACCAAAUAUCAGCAUUUAAAAUUGGGCAACAAAGGUCUCAUCUGGACUGGGAAUAUUUAAAGACACAAUCCUGCUCGUCAAGUCAUGUCUGUUGUAGUAAUAAAAAAUUUAGCCGGCGUGGCAAUCCGCAGGCCCGGCGAUGGCAUGGAGACUGACAAGCCGGUGGCGGCCCAUGAGAACUCUGUGGAAUCCCGGCUCUUAAAGACCGCCACACCGAAGCACAGUCCACGUGUUCCUGCAGCGUCACCGCAGCCUCCAGGAGUCCUACACCUUGGAAAGGUUCCCAGAGAGGCGUGCACAGAGGUGGAGGUCGUGCGGAUUGUGGUUCCCAGGGCUGCUAUCAGCCGGAGCAGAUGUGCGGGGUUCAGCGCUGAGGCUAAGGGGGAAGAUAAAGGAUCACCACAGCAUCUAGAUGAGCGCCCACCCUCUCCAGAGCUCCUGGAUUACAGGAACGCCCUGGAGAAACUCCAGAACUCAGAACGUCGUCUCUUACAGGAUAAAGAAGGUCUAUCCAAUCAGCUGCGAGUCCAGACGGAGGUGAAUCGCGAGCUGAAGAAGAUGCUGGUGGCGUCUGUGGGUGAUGAUCUGCAGUAUCACUUUGAGCGUCUGGCACGAGAGAAGAACCAGCUGAUCCUGGAGAACGAGGUUCUUGGACGGAAUCUGGCACAAACAGCUGAGCAGCUGGAGCGCAUGAGCAUUCAGUGCGACGUCUGGAGGAGCAAGUUCCUCGCCAGCCGGGUGAUGGCAGAAGAACUGACCAACACCAGAUCAGCUCUACACCGUCAGACCAGAGAUGCUCAAUGUGCCAUUCAGGAUCUACUGAGAGAAAGAGAGGAGUUCUCCAGAGACAUGAUGCAAACACACAGAUCACUGGAGCAGCUGAUGGUGUCGCUGCAGUGGGGUCGACAGCAGACUUACUAUCCCAGCGCUCAGCCCCUCAGCACCGGCGAGCUGACCGCAGCCAACCGCAAGCUCGCAAACGCCAUCAACGCACAUCUGCUGGGUAACGUAAAUGACAACAGAGUAAAGAAGAGCCAGAGCCCGGAGAUCUGCACCACACCGGCCGAGAAAAUGGCCGAGAAGGUUCUCCGCAGCCUGGAUCCAACAACCUGCACAGAAAAGGAUGCCGACACAUCCACAUCUGAUCCUGUGCAUUCUCCAUUUCUGCCGAAUAAGAAAAGCAUAGGACGCUUCCACCCGUAUACCCGCUACGAGAACAUCACGUUCAACUGCUGCGAGCGAUGUAACGGAGAACUCAUCGUGCUCUAGACGUCUUGUUCUGUGCUCAGGAUAACACGUCUCAUGUACGAUCUAGUUUUACACAUAAGCAGAAAGAUCUCAGAUCAACUGUGUGUAAAAUAUUUUUUUUGACUUUGGUUUUCUGAUGUUUUUUAUCAGUACUGAUCAUAGAUAUGGUGAGAAAGGUCAUUCAGAGUGUUUUUGUUUUUAUUCACUCUGCGCUCCGAAUCUCCACCGUGCAUCACACAGCGAGAACCGCACGCUGACUUCACAGAGAUACCAAAGAAAAUCUCACUGGAAACUUCUCAACAGAUUUAUCUGUGAUGCUUUGAUUUGCAGAGACCUGAAAGUCUGUCAGUGAUCGUGGUUUCAUGUCAUUUCCUUUCUUUAAAUGUCUAGGCUAAAUGAUUACACCGAGGAAACUUCAGACGAGGUGGAGAGAUUUAUCUAAUGCAAUAAUUCUGCAAACACACAUGACACUUUUUCUAACGGAACGCAAGCAGAACAUCAUAUUGUUAUGCAAAUUUCGAUUUAUAAAUGUAAAAAUGGCUCAUACAGUGUUAUUUAUGUUAAAUGUGAGUGAGGAACAGACCCAAAUGUACCUGCGUCUUUCAUAUUUGUUUUGCAAUGCAAACAUAGAUGAGAUUUAAAGUGAAAGUUAACCCAAAAAAUCUCAACUCAUCAUUUACUCUGCAUGACUUUAUUCUCCAGAACACAAAAUAAUCCAAAACCACAUUUGUGAAAGUAUCUUCUCUUGUUUUUUUAUACAAGAAUCAUGUAGGCCUACAGGUUUUGAAUAACAUGAGGGUGAGUAAAGUAUGACAUAUUUUUUAUUUUUUGGGGUGAACUAUCUCUAAGUUACAGAUAAGGGCAAUACUGACUUCUGUUCCUCACGGAGCUGUCAUACGACUACAGAUGACUAAAUGAUCCUGUUGAUGGUGCUGCUCGUUGUAGUUUUGUAGACUUUAAAAUGCAUGUUGAGAUUCAGAUGAUGUGUUGUCAUUAGCAAAUAUGUGACUGUUUAUAGGUUACAGGUUUGUUUUGUAUUUGAACACGACCGGAUGUAUUUAUAAUGCAGUGUUUGUAAAAUAUAAUAUCAGGUAAUUAUUCACAUGGGUUGAAUGCAGUGAUUUCAGUCUGAACUGGAGUUACGGUUAAAUUGGAGUGUUUAGUGGCUUUUAAACAUUUCAGUUAUGUUUGUUCUGUAAAAUACUUGUACUAUUUUCUUUCCCUUUGUGAAAUGAACAAAAUAAAUUUUUUUCAAAAUA